AUGGGCUACUCACCCUUUCAAAGGCAACAUGGCAACCCUGAGCAUGACCAAGCUGAGUGCGAUCACAACUACGGGUAUGAUCAUCAGCAUGACCACGCCCAUACACAUGGUCCCCAACAUGGGUAUGCCCCCGAGUCUACCGGUGGUGACUCGGACUUUGACCAACACGCCUGGGCUUUCGUCGACGUCAGCCCCGACACCGGCACUUUGGGCGGCCUUCAGGCCAGCCCUGUCCCGGGUAGUUUAAGCUCUUGGACCAAUGUUGGUGCCCCUGGACCAUUUGAUGGAGGCUUAAGCCCCCUGCCAGCUGCCCUGACUCCAGAUGUUUAUUCUGGCUCGCCUGAAGGGGGUUUCCAAUUCUCGGACCUCUCACACUUCGAAGGGUAUACCUUCGCCAACGAGGAUAUCGAAGCUCUCUUGUAUCCUGAUCAGCAGUACGAGCAAGGCAUGCCUACUGCUGAUCCAUCUCAACAGCCUGCCACUCACCAGAACCAACAGCCACAGGACUUCCAGGACGACUUCAACAUCGAAAUCGUCUUGUCCGGCGCUAAUGUGCCACCCUGGGACCCCAUCCUUGCUGGCGGCCUUGAGGCCGGGUCCAUGGAAGAGAUUCCCUCCCUCUUCACAAUGGACGGCUUCAACAUCGAGACCGGCCCAGGCGCACCCAACUCAAGUCCGCCCGAGAGCAUCAACAGCCACACCUUGAGCCAUCAGUCGGUCCCCGAGAAUGUCUCUCACCUACACAUCCCGGUCCAGCAGCCAUAUCCGGUUCCGUCCGCACCCGUCCCGGGCCCCUCUUCAUCUUCACACGCGAUCUCUAAGCCCAUCGCCAUCCAUAAGACCCGUGGGAAUGCUCGCGUACAAAAGAAAAAGGCUUCGCCCAGCCCGUCCUCCGUGUCCGUCAUCACCACGUCCAACAGCAUAGCCGUAAAAAUCACGGGUGAAAAUAAAUUCGUCGUCCUUACACCUCAGUCCAUCAGCCAGAACGCUGCUAAGGGCAACAGCGCGGCCUUGUUCGGCGGUAAGGACGCCGAAGGAAACAACCGCACGACUUUCAGAGGCCGGAAGGGUCCUCUCGCCAUUUCCACCGCCGUCUCGGCCUUGAACGUCCGCCGCAUGGGCGCCUGCUUCUGCUGCCACGCUCGUAAGGUGUCGUGCGAGGAGACUAGGCCCUGUCGUCGGUGCGAGAAGCUCAAGCUGACCGUUCCCGAGGUCAUCUGCUGGCAGUUCAGCGACUUCACCGACGUGAUUUUUCCAGGCUGGCUGAAAGCGCACCUGAAGCGGGAAGGCAAAAGGGGAGCGGAGGAGUACGUUCGGGGAAACGUCGCCUCCUUUUUGGUUCGCUUCCGGGAGGACGAGGAAGAAGCCGAGAAACCAAUCAAGUUGACGCUGACUCUCGGCCGCGGCUACAACAAGGAUGCUAUGCUCACCGUGUUCGCCAAGUUCUUCACGCCCACCCCGACCGCCAGCGACGCUACGCGAUGGUACACCACACGCGAACACCCGGCCGGCAAGGACCGCGGGCUCAUCCUCGAAGAGAAUCCGGCGACGCCCAUCGCUCUCCCCUACGGCUGGCUCGACCAGCGCGAAGAGCUCCGUCGCCACCUGCGCCAGUUCCACGAGGGGCUUUACAACGAACCGGACUGGGCGUAUCUCGUGACGCAGUCGGCCGAAGACUUUACGAGGAUCCCCGAGCGGGUGCUUCCCAUUCUCAGGCGCUACGCCAACGAGUCGCGCAACGGCAUGGUCAAGCGCGCGCUGCAGAUCGUGACCAUGAACUACGCCAUGAGCUACCACAUGCACCUGCACCCGGACUCCGUGCACGCUAUUGAGGUCGCCGGAUACCAGGUGCCCGAGGGCUUGAAUCGGGAGAUGCUGACGGCCAGGGUGCUGAACAGGCAGCUGAAGGCGGUCACACACGACAUGAUUGAGCGCGAGGUGCGGAGGCUGUUUGAGGAUUUCAGCAAGGCGCUCAAGCCAAGAUCCCGCAAGGAGUGGGCGGGCUGCUUUGCGGCGUUCGCGGUGCUGAGCGUGUUCUUGGAGUAUAAGGAGGCGCAUGCGGAUGCGUGGGUGGCUAUGGAGAAUGAAGUGAAGAAGAAGGAGUGGUUGUAUAAGCACCAGCAGCGACAACAAUGGCAGGAGCUGUAUCGGCAUCAGCAACAAGAAGCGGAGAAUGUUAUGGGCAGGAAAGAGGGCGGUGUCGAGGACAUUGGAGGAAUUGAGGAGGGCAUGGAUGAGCUCAAGUUGGACUUUACUCGCAGACAGGCCUGGGACGUCCUCGAGGCCAUCGAUAACUUGCCGUUCAAGCAGUUUAUGUACCAGUUUCACCAGAUUUAUCAAACACAUCCGUCGACGGCGAAGGACGGGAAGGCGUUCAACCCGUUUGUGGACGAUGAGGCGCUGGAGAGCUUGAGGGAGUUCCCGGAUGGCGAGGCGGCCAUCUAUAUGGUGAAGACGUUCAGGGACCGGUUCUUUGAUGUCGAUGAUACUCGCAACGAAGACAAGAAGGACAUCAUCGUUGCUCCGAACGUGGACAGCACCACCAACAACGGAGGAGAAACCGACUCCGAGAGCGACUCGGAACUCAGCAACGCCCACGUCAACAAUGACAACGAUGACGAUGACGACAACGGCGAUAACACCAGCGGCAAUCUCUUCACCAUAGACAAUGAUCGCCUCGAGCACAGCGACAAUGAGGAAUCUGAACCCACCGAGACAAUCAACGAAGCUCCCUCGUUGCGCGUCUUCCUUCAAGUCAUCCUGUUCCCUGGUCUCUCGGCCUUCUUUGCGGGCUUCGCCUAA